CUUGAUUCUUUCUACCCGUAUUCCCGUGUCUACCCAUUAAUUUUUUCACACAGUGCUGAACAAGCAUCUUCACUAGUUCUUUUCCUGUCCGUGUUUUUGUUGACAAGUUUGAAUUUUCUUAAGCUAAAGCAAUCUUAUUUUCCAGCACCCACAAUCACCCACCAUGCGUCUCUUACCUCGAUUAGCAAUGUGCAUGCACCGCUUAGUCCAGCGGUUGAAUUUGGACGUGACGGCAGCGGGAAGAAGACCCCGCGCCUGAGGGAAAAUCCCGUGUGCAGCUUUCACGAUGCUGACGAGACUAUCCAUCGGGGUCGCGGGAAUGCGCUUGUUUCCACUCCUCCUUUAUCUUCUGACGUGCGCCCUGCCGUUUCUACCAAGAGCAGAUGCCGGAUUUCGGAAGCACGGUGACGGGCGCUGCACGUUCGAGCAGGAAGAAGUGACCGGGAUCAAAGCCAACCUGAACGGCUUCGAUUUCCAUGUGGGCUUCAAGCUGUGCCGCGACUACUGUGCGGGCGCGGGCACUUCCUGUUGGGGCAUCACCUGGUCGCACUGCCGCCGAACUUGCACGCUGCACGGUAUGCCUGCGAAUCUCUUCGCGGCGCAGCCGCUAGUUGGGGAAUCCAGUCUGGAUGAGUGUUCCAUCGAGCCACUGACCCCCAGCCCGGCGCUCUUCAAAGCGGUAGGAGGGGUGAGUAUUGGGACCGAACCGCCAACCGUGAUGAACUCCGACGGGUUUUGCGACGCAGUGUGCCUCGUGCACACCAUGGAAUGCAGUGUGAAGGACAACAACCACAACAUCUUUGUGUCCGUCGGCAGUGCGGCGGGCGCGCAGCAGCUGAAGCUCAUUGUGCCCGACGUACCCGCACUGCAGCCGGGCCGAUACACGCAGGGUUACUGUCCAGCAGGGUACAACUUGAUACCUGCAAUUUUUGUUUUAUUUCUUUCCUGUUGCCCUUAUUCUAUACCUACAGGUUUCAUCUUCUCUGCUGUGUGUUUGUCUUUGACGUCAUGCAGCUGGCUUGUUUGUUCGAGAACCCUCUAGAGAAGUGGUAGAGAAACUACAGAAAGUACUACAUUCCAAACAGGUUCCAAGGGACUGUGGACCUGCUCUGCCAACUUGGCGAAGUGACCUUCCCACCUGGUGUCACGCAGCAAAUGAAGUGCAACCGCGACUGCGCGAAGGGGACCAUCCAGGCGCUGGAGUCCAAGCAGGUGGUCGUCGUUCCGGCCAUGGCGCAUGGGUCGUUCCAGGACAUCCCCUGCCCGGACGGGUACGGGGGCCCGCUGCGUUUGCGUUGCUUCAACGGGCAAUACAUGUACACCGACCAGAAAUGCGGCCACGACUGCCCGGCCGGAAACAUUUUGGACAACGGCGCGCUGCUCGGGUACAACCCCAUGCCCCAUAGAUCCACGCAGACCAUCGUUUGCAAGGCCCCGUACCAGGGGGUCAUAAACCUGCAGUGCGACAACGCGGUGGUCACAGUGCUUUCCGGAAACUGUUUGCUCGGUUGCCCCGUCGGCACGCCGGACCCGGUCACCAACAUCAUCAUACCGGGCAGUCCCCCUCGAACCUUGCACCCGAAGGGUUUGAAAUACAGCUACAUGGACGAGAUGGAAAGACCCUACACGUUAGAUUACCCCGUCACCGUAGUCAUGGAGCACGACGAAAAGCGCGUGGCCAACUGUCCCGGGCAGUAUGCGGGUCAAUUCGAAAUGCACUGCUACCACGGCCAGAUCGCGAUCAUCACCAUUGGCACGCCGUGCGAGGCAAACUGCAACGACCUGCGGCCGUUCAUGGCGGGCCAGUUCUUGAAGGCCAUUCCGAGUGUCCCGGCGUACUUAUCAAAAGGAAAAAUCCCCCCUCCCCAUAUCAAAACGAAGUUUCUGAUGCUGGAUUUGCGUACACAAAUCAGAUUUGGCUUGCUAGAGACGACUGCAGGCGUAUGUCAAGCCUCAGUCGAGAGGUUUUGACGUAGGCGCCUAGCAUGACAGACGUGUAUGCUCUAAUCCCAACAGCAUCACAAACCGCCUGCAAAAUGCGGAACGCUUUCUGGACUUGCCUUCUUGCAAGACAGACAGGAUUUGAGGUCACAAAUGCGCAUCACAAAUUUUCAGACGGAUACGUUUUCGAUAUGGGGAGGGGGGAUUUUUCCUUACGAUAGUACUCGGGAGAGGUGAAAAAGUUCCCCUGCGAGGAAACGGGGACCCUGAUCGACGCAAAAUGCGUACAGGAUUUUUGUGCUUCUAUCUGUGAUGUUGAAUCGAUCGCACAGUAUGCGCAUAUGGCGGUUUUUUUUUCUUGUCUUCAAAUAGAAAUCUUCGAGAAAACGUUAUUUCCGGAAUUUUUAUACAGGUUCGGGGCCGGUUCCAGAGUCAGCAGGUCUGUUACCGCAACUGCUUGCCUCAAGUUGUGUACCACGGCGGCAUGCCCCUAAAUCUGACGAACUCAUCUAAGCACGGCGAGAUCGUCCGGCGCGACUGCGAGACCGGGUUUUACGGCAUCAUCGAGAUGGCGUGCGACGAUGGUUGGGCAUAUGUCGCAACCUUCGAAUGCGGUCAAAAUUGUGCAGGAGGGCAGUUUCCCUUAGGGAAGGGUGUGGUAGUGUCCUUCGGUGAGCAGUUGCACCUGUCCACCUUCCAGGCCACUUGCCCUGAUGGAUAUGUGGGAACGGUGAUGAUGAGGUAAGCAUAAGCAAACACUUGUUGCAACCUGCGGCUACUCAAAGGAAGUCUAGUUAAAAAUGGAAGUCUCCGAGGGCGAUCAUCCUGUAGUCACAUCUGAAAAUGAAAGACCCCGGUCUGCAAGAUUUUAUCGAACCCUUCGCAUGCAUCUUCAUUGCGCUGGGUUUUUUGAUUCUUGCUAAACUAAUGCGUUGUUUACUACACUUCCCGGUUCCAAAAUUCGGGAUGGUGUUAUGCUACAGCGGCACAAUAAAUAUGAUACACCUACUUCUUCACCUGCACUCGUAUCGACCACAAUAAAACGUGAACGGACGGAAUGUGCAAGAUUUUAUCGAACCCUUCGCAUGCAUCUUCAUUGCGCUGGGUUUUUUGAUUCUUGCUAAACUAAUGCGUUGUUUACUACACUUCCCGGUUCUAAAAUUCGGGAUGGUGUUAUGCUACAGCGGCACAAUAAAUAUGGUACACUUUCUUCACCUGCACUCGCAUCGACCACAAUAAAACGUGCACGGACGGAGUCAAUGCGUCAUGAUCUGAGCCAGAUUUAUUUCACCUUUGUUUCAUCUGUAUCUGCCAAACCCGAUUCUCAGAUGCGAAGACGGCACGCCGUCGUACCAAAGUGGUAUCUGCCUUCCAACGACCACCACGACCACCACUACCACUCGCGCACUCUACUGCCACAACACAACCAUUUCGCUCGCGUACAACGACACACAGUACGUGCUUGCCGCGAACAAGUCCGGCCACGUCAUGGCCUACAACGUUAGCAACCUGACCUACCUCUCCACGAUGCAACUGCAGUGCCCGCCCGGGUUUGGCGGUCCCGUCGAGAUCAUGUGCGACGCGUGGGGGGCACUGGAGGAGUCGCAGUUGAAGACGUUUAAGGAUAGCAUGACGUUUCCGGGCAGUUCCGAGGCGGAGUACCUGAAGUACUACGACACGCAGAACUUCGCCACGGCGUCCUCAAGGGAGUUGGAACAGCAGGAGUUUGGAACGUUUUACAACGGCGAAAGUCAGGCGGACUACAUAAACUCGCCAAUGGGAGCAGGACGAGGCGGAGGAGCGGCGUCUUCUACUUCCAGUCUGGAACACAGUGCUCUUGGUGUAGGAACAACGACCACAACAUCGUCAAGUGAAAUAAACCAAGAAAGGAGCACGAGAGCGUAUUCUGAAGCCCCCCCGGCGCCACCCGCAGCUUCACACGGGCGACAGUUGCACCAUCCUGCCCUCCCCUUCGGGCAGACACUCCCCCCCGCGGAGCAGACGCGGCACGAUAUGGGUGGCGGCACGGAGACCUACCGCGGCUACAGCAUCAACGUCGAGCAGGACUACAAUUCGUUGCGGGGGCGGCCCUAUUGGCGGGUCGCGACGUACUUGAAUGCAACGACGUCUUUGUUUCCCCCCUACCAGUUCGACCACGCGCGGCGGUACGGUGACCAGUACUACGAUGCAUUUGACGAGAACAAAACGGACUACGGUCCGGGGCGGCCGUCGCUGCAUCAGUACAACCUGGACGCUGCGCUCUACCCCUACAAGCAACUCCCGCGUAUCGUCUUCGUCUCGCGCGUCACCUCCUGUGGGCAGAGCUGCUACGGGCCGCUGGUGUUCGAGCACUUCGACACGCGGUACGAAACGGGCAGCCACACGUACGAGGUAAACAAGAAUCUCUUGCACGGCGAGGAGCACCACAUCACCUGCCCGGGAGCGGGGAACCUGGUGCGGUUUGUGUGCUGGGACGGCAUUUUUGUGAAGAUGGACCAGACGGAAAUCUGCGGCGUGAAGUGCGUGGUGAACGACCUGGCCGACGUGUGGCGCCGGUCCGGCCUCACGCAGCGGUUGGACUACAACACCACGCUGUCGAUCAUGUUCACCUUCGCCACGACGACGACGACUACUCCCCCACCCACCACCGAGCCCCCGCCGCUGCUUCUCGGCAUGACGCGACCGCCGAUGAUCACAUCGGACAUUGCGACCACGACGCCGGACCCGCUCUUUGUCACGGACCACUUCGACUUCUUUUCCGCGCAGAAUUUCACGGGGUUCCAGCUGGAGCACAUGGAGACGAAGCUGAUGAGCUGCUGGAACAACCACAGCAACACGGACUUGUUUUCCAGCAACCCGUUGCUGCUCUGCUACAACGGAAAUGUCACGUUCGGCUCGAAGGAUUUUUCCUACGACGGGAAGCCACCGACGCAGGAGGAUCGGGUCGCGGCCCUGCAGGACUCCGUCGCGUGCGGGCGGAACUGUCCCGCCGAGGGGUUUUUGUUCAAGAUCGGGAGGGCCGAUCCGAACUACGUGGGGUUUGCGCGAAACCCCUUCACGGAGAAGUACGGGCAUCUGGACGAGGUGGGGGACGACCCGUUCACGUUGUUCCUGGAGUUCUUCUGGGGCAACCAGCCGACGGCCCGGACUGAGUUUGAGGAGCACGAGUGGGACGUGGACGUCGACCCGCUGCUCGGGACGGAUGGACUGCCGAUUUACGACAACGGGGGCUACACGACGCCGGAAAUCAACAUCGACCCGCGGACCGGUUUGGCGAUCGGCCACCCGCAGUUCUCGUUGGAGUUUGGCCACUUCCGCCCGGUCCGCACGCCCGGGUUCACGUGGCGCGACGAGCUGCAGCGGGAGCCGACGUUCUCGUUGAUGCGCAACGGGGAGCAGCAUUCGCGAAACUGCGAGGACAUCCUCGGCCGGAAGUCCGCGCCGGUCCCCGGCGUGCCGAACUCCGGCGGGCACAGCCUGUUCAUGGGCACAGUUAACUGGCAGUGUCAGGACGGCACCGUGAAUGUGCAGGCGACCUGCAAGCGGCGGUGCGUCGCGGCGCAGUACCGCAAGGCGUUUCCGGGGGGCAACUUGCUGUUACUCCCUCGCGACGAUUCCGUCUACUACGACCACGGGGAGGAAGUUUUGACGCCGUGCACGGACACAAACAAGUUCGCCAACGGCACCGGGAUUUUGCGCGUCUGCGACGACGGGGAGCUGAAGAUAUUGGAGGAGAACUGCGUCAUCAACUGCCGCCCCUACAUCUACCAGGGGACCAUCGACGUGCUGCCCCCCCGGGUCGUCGAGCACGGCACCACGGACAACGUGUUCGAGUGCCCCCCGUACCUGGCCGUGGGAACCUACCGCGUGGAGUGUUUCAACGGGAUCCGCAAGGUCCCCGCGGAGGACUUCACCUGCAAGCGGCAUUGCCUGCCCCUGCGUCCCGGCGAACUGAUCAACGACGAGUUUCGCCACGGAUUCAUCUACCACGACACCUUCCACAAGGGCCAGUGCGCGGACAACAGCACCAUUUCCGUCGGGUGCAGCGACGCGCAGGUGCGGAUCGUCGGCGGGGACUGCGGGUUCCCGUGUCUGGCGGGGGAGAUUCUGCUGGACCCGCGCCGGCCGCUGGACCCGCCCGUGCAGUACCCGAAGUUCUACCACAUGCAGACCCUGACGGUGUCGUGCACCGGGGGCUCGGUCGGGACGGCGGAGCUGCUGUGCCAGAACUCCCAGGUCACCGCGCAAAACGUGAACUGCAACGCGGAAUGUCCGGUGCGGUACGAUCUGGACACGACGUUGUGGGUGGACACGUCGGUGCAGGACGACUUCGACCCGCGGAACUACGGAAAGUUGUCCACCGGGAAGGUGCUGCAGCCCGACACGCUCCAGCGGUACAGCUGUGCCGGCGGGGAGGCGCUCGUCAAGUGCGACACGUCGGGCGAAACAGCCGUCGAGGGGGUGAUCGAUCAGCCGUGCGGAAUUCCGUUGCGCCUGUGCGGUUGCUGCGCCCUCAGCUCGCAGCUGCCCACGGCGGGCGCGAGCUCGUUGCGGAGAAAUUUCGAAAGUUUCUGGACCAGAAAUGGCAUAGUCGCUUUGUUUCUCCUACUCAGGUUUGCGUUCGCCGUCCGGGCGGACGACGCGAGAUAGGCGGUGGCACUCCCGAGCCCGCAAGAGCGCCGUGCGCGCUCUGUGCGGUACUGGCCUAGCGUGCGAGAAAGAUAUUAGUAACCGAGCGCCGCGACACUCCCAACAACGACGACGGCUGGCGGGGCUAGAACUCCUCGGUGCACAGGAGGAGUAAGUUACGAUGGACGGGGGCGCGGGAUGCAGCAGUUGUACCAGGGUACUUACCGCCUUGCUAGGUCGUGAGCAAGGCGAAGUGGGGGGCUUGCUUCUGUAAGGAGAGAGCGGAAAGGAAACUACUUUUUACCUCAUCGGGAUGGAGUAGUUUCUGGCUGCGAGGAGGACUUGAAUCUAUCAGAGCUGAACUUUGUUUGGGACGAAGAUCCUUUGUUCUUGAUCUCCAUGCUAUGUGUAAACUGCUGUGUGGAAAGGAAUUUGUGAAGCAAAGCUAGUACAACUUCUAGAAUGAGAAAAACAAU